CCAGCUGUUGGCUGCUCGUUGCCGAUUUUGCUUUAAUUUUAUUGUAAAACAUAAUUGUUAAAUAAAAUGAAUACCUUCAAGCUUCUAAGCCCGCUCCAACUGGGCUUGGCAGCCACACGCAGCUAUGGCAAACAUAACAAAAAGUUUUUAUACAAAGACGGCAAGAAAUAUGAAAGCAUCAUUUACUAUCCGAGAACUGCAGACCAACAGGAUCCACCAGUAGAGCCAGCCAAGCUAUUUAGAGUGCAGCGCAUCAAGCCCGUAAAGGGCAAUCCGUAUUGGGAGAAGCGCAUACUCAAGGAUUUGGGUCUAGACGGCAAGCAAAGUGACUUUACCGUAGUCAAAAACAUACCCGAAAAUAAUGCGCGACUAUGGAAGAUCAAACACUUGAUUAAAGUGUCUCCCGUAACGUAUCCCUAUGGCGAACCCACCGCUGAUGAUGUUAAGCACACAAUACUAAAAGAGAAUGGCGAGUGCUUGGUUACAAAGGAUAUUGGACCUGUGGAAUUACGCUAUGGGGCACGCGAUCAGUUUGAUCAGCACUCCAAGCGCCUUGACACCGAUCUGUUAAAGAAGGACGCGCGCCUCAAAUGGCUGAACCCUUGGUAAAAGCAAAGCAUGUUAUAAAAAACUAAGUUUAUUAUAUAAAC